GACCAGAUAUAUACUAUUGUCUAGCUAAUUGUAAUUUAUACAGUUGAUUAAAUCUUAUCUUCUUGAUAUGAAAUUGGCAUUACUAGAAUCUCGUAAUCACGUGUGAAUAUAAAUCGUUCAAAUAUAACCCCACAAAAUGCCCCAGUGUCGCUGUAUUGAUUAUUCUUGAGAAGAAUAUAUGAAAGAUGAAAACCCAAAGGUUAACCUAGAAAUGCUAUAAAUUGAGGGCAGUUCAUGAGCUCAAUAUACUACAACCAAUACUAAAAUACACUAAAAAACCAGAAACUCACAAAAUCCUUAUUUAAAAAUGGCAGUGAUGAGUCACAACAAAGCAGAAGGCAGGCUAUACGAGUCAACUCAGACUCGGCUAGUUCCUUACAUACAAACUCUUGGCCAAGAGAGCGGAGGAGACGAUGAUGACGACGACUCUGACGUGGCUCCGGCGGCUUGAUCAUGUGCAUUUUGCCGUAUAUAUGCUAUAUAUAAACUUUAUAGCAACCAUUUAUAUAUUUCAGUAGUAAUUGUGCUUCUUGUCAUAGAACCACACACACAUGAACAACACAUAUCUAUUUAGCUGAAGCACUAGAUUGCGCCUGUAUAUCCAUGUCGCAAGCGGGCCUUUAUAGUAUGUAUUACGUAAAAAACCAUUUCUGACUCUGCAGUGUUGAGAGAUUUAGCUAGCUUUAAGUAAUAAUAUAAUGUAUUGUGUGUCAGUUAUGAAUGAUGAAAUAAUAUUACAAUA